UCCCGAACUUAGAAAUAAUUUACUGAGAUUUUCUUGGUUUUGAAAAUGGUUAUCUCCUAUUUUGCUCCAUCACACUUUGGUCUGCUGUAAGUUUAAAUUUUCAGGAAAUUUAAGAAACAGUGUCAUUUUAAUUUAAAGCACGAAAAUUGGGAAAAGAUUUCUGGCGCAACAUAAAUUGCGCGGUGUGAUUUUUUUUUUUAUCUGCGUGAUUCGCGCGCACCCAUAAGUCGUUUAAACGCGCUUAAAGCGGACUACAUUUACCAUCUAUUAAGUUGCCUGGAUUUCGUUUAUAUCAUAACGUGAAAGGUGAGAAUGACACUCUUUGUAGCAUUAGAUUGUAUCAACACAGCCCUUUAUUAACCGUGACAGCUUUCUUUCUUUUGUAAUCUUUACACACUUUUUAAGAGCUGGAAAAACCUCGUGUAAACAUACCCAACUACAAAAUCAAACAAGCAAGGCUACAAAAAAUCCUUUUUAUUAUGUUAAUGACGAUUCAUUUAGGUGUUAAAAGCCUGACAAGCUCAUAACGUCACCACUGUGGUAAAUAAAGGUUCUAAAAAAGACAUCUUUCAAUGCUUCUGAGAGCGAUACGGUACACUUGGAUGUAAUAAGGGUUUUGUUGCAGAUAGCUGGCACUUCUACGGAGAACAUUAUUAGAGGCAGUCUCAGGAAUGUUUGGUUACUAAGUAGGCAGCAAUUGAUUUAGCUUUGAUGCGACUCAUUGACCUUAGCCACGGCAAGAAAUUGAUGAAUUCCGCCUGUUUACACAGUGCUGAAUACCGGGCUAAUUCAUACCUCGCCGUCUCGACGCACUUCACUUGCACUUCACUGCAUUUUGAGUAAGGUAACAAGACGAAUAUCGUGCUGUAAAGAUGAGCACGUCUGCGUUUAUGAACGUAACUUCAACGCUAUGGAUCCCUCCCUCGACUUCCACAACAAAUGCUUACUCAAGGAACGACACCGAGGAAUUUUUCAGCAACAAAACAAAUGGCACAACAAGCAUUUGGGAAACACAGGACACUAUGAACCCAUUUCUCUUCGGGUUGAUACUCCAAUCUUCUAUCAUCCUUGUUGUGUUUGGAAACGCCUUAGUUCUGGCGGCACUAUCAUGCUACAGAAAUUGGACAUCCGCGGAUGUUCUGAUAUUCUCGCUUUCAUUAGCUGACGUCUUGGACUCUAUAGUCGCGCUGCAGCUUAUAACGACUGUAAAAUACUAUAUGGGAAAACACAUGGCUAAAUCUCUCUGCAAUGCCUUCAUCGGCUUGGUGUAUACUUUUCGUGCAGCCUCGGCAACAACUGUUACCGUGAUCGCGGUAGAGCGCGCUAUCCUGUUGACACAACCUUUCAGACACCACACGUUAGUUACGCCUUCCCGUAUAAAGAAAUUCGUGCUUGGAAUUUGGCUUUUUUCUGUGUUUUCAGCAAUUUUACCGUUCAUCGGCGUUGGCCAUUCCGGGUUUAGGGACGGAGAGUGUUUUUCACAGCUCUACGACUUAGGCAAAACAUACGCUGUUUACAUCGAGGUCUUCGGCGCUCUUCAGUUGCUGGUGGUCCUAGCUUCCUAUUUCGCAAUCAAGCUGUCGGGAAAGAUGUUUAUUAGAAGACAGACAAUGAUGUCGGGGCAUGAUGGAAAUAAUCUACGAGGCAACCGAGAAAGCGCACAAGUACCAGGCAAUACGAGCGGAGUGCGAAAUGUGAGGAAGCUGACUGUGAUGAUGGGAGUAGUAGUCUUGUUUUAUUACAUCAGCUGGUUGCCUUUCUUGCUAAACAACAUGUUUUGCCUGAUCGUUGAUCGGGAGCCAGCAAAAAAGGUUGUCCUCUUCACAAGUGUGAUUUCUCUCCUUCAUGCAGUGGUCAAUCCACCGCUGUACGGCUGGAUGAGCCAGCGGUACAGGCGAGGUUACCUCUUCGUGUUCAAAUUGGCACUGAGCGUCUGUGGAGGCACUCGUCCUAACAGGAGAUCCCUGAGCGUAUCUCGUCGCUAUUGCAAUGGAUCGAAUCUUAAGCGACGAGCAACAUCCACUGACAUGACUGUUUACAACAGCAGGUUCUCUCUACCUGUGGUGGACUUCACCUCUGUUGCAGACAGGAAAGAAAGCAAUCCAGAUAACAAGGAAUUACCACACACGUUAGAAGGGAAAACAAACGAAGACAUUGAAAACAAUAACGAACCAGUUGAAGAACAUGCGCAUGACAAGGUGGAAACCACAGUCGAGGUUGAUGAGAUAGCGGGCGCAGAUAACAAAAGCCUUGUCUACGCCGAUGUGAUUAAAUUAUUGGAAGCUAUCCUUGAGAGAUUAGAAGAAUAGAUAGAAGUGGAUUUAAGAAUUUAGUCGAUCUAGCUGUAAAGUUAGCAAAAUGGUGACCACGUGCUUUGCCCUCCUCUGGUAUAUCUUAAGGGAAAAGAAGUUUCAACUUACCUAUGAGGGGGUCACUUAUUCCAGCAAGUUUCAAAACUCCAACAUUUUGUAGCAACUGCGAUUAACCUUGGGGUGUAUUUUUCAAAAUUUUCAUUUUAACAAGUAUUUAAGUUGUAUUUACUACAAAAAUGUCAACUGUGAUUAAGGCUGAUAUUGGAGAACAUCACACUCAAAGUUUUCUGUGCAAUCAACUAAAAGUCCACCAAAAUCUCUGCAAAAUGAAUUAGAAGACGUUGAGAAUGCAACGCAAACUCUUGGUAUCACAACAACUCAUUUUAGCGCCUCUUUUUCAAAACGUGCCCCUCAAUAAAGGUACCGUGUACCUUCAGAGUGAAAAAAGUUUAAAUUUGUUUUUAUCCGUAAAAAUAAACUUUGAAUUAUGAGCUUUCAGACAAGACAAAGAAAAUUCAAAAUGUAUAAAUAUUCGCCGAGAAAUUGGACUCGGUCGUUUUUCACCGAAAGUAAAUUUGUUAUUGAUUGAGAAAACUUUUUUUGUCACUGGAUGCGGGGACACUUUGAAGAAUAACAACUCAAAAGAGAUUUGUCUUUUUUUUUGAGUCAAAUUUGGUCAGUCGAAAGGUUAACCUAUCCCCCAAACAAGCAUGUUGAGGAAUUUGACAAUUCUAAAAAUUAGUUCGUUAGAGUCAUUUCAUCUCUCCGUAACGUUUUACCCCUGCUUUUUACAGAAAAUAUGAAAAUGUUCUGUAACUUUUGAAUCGAAUAUAGGAAAAGCUCAACACGCCACUUUACCGUUUGGGUUCAUGACCUCGAGAAAAAAAAGGAAAAUACAAUUCCCAAAAUAUAAAAAUCGUGUUGUAUUGGAACUUAAAAAAAGAUGAUUUAUACCUUCCAGUCAGACUUCGCGAAAUAUUCAUUAAUUCAUUAUUCGGAAAACCUGAUGAAAGUUUUGAAUAGCCAGAUCAGUAAGCUUUAACCUGAUAUAGGGUUUAGGAAAUCUGUGAUUUAACUGCGAAGCUUUACUUCCGUUGGAGUGGAGACGCCCUAUAGGUACACGGUAACCUUAAAAAAGUACUAAUAAAUUGACCCAAUUUGAAAACUUGACUCUGUUCAAUUUGUCUCUGUUACAACAAGAUCUUUUGUUUGUAUAAACAUACCCUGUUGACCUAUUCCUAAAACUUCUUCCUCUCAUCUUACCAUACUUGGCGCCCAGUGUACAGAGUUUGAACAGUUUUUUUUCGUUCGUAUAGAUCGUUUCCAUGUGACGUCAUCAUUUUCUAAAAGCGAAAACUAAAGAGCCACCAAAGUUUUUAU